UCCUUUACCUUUCUGACGGGCAGACGUAAAGCUGGUCUUUUUAAACGACCCGCAAAAUAAUCUGCUUUUUUUGUUAACAUCGUUGAAUAAAACUGCGCGAAAAUGGUUGUUAAGAAGCCCAGGCCAAAGAAGAAGCCAGUGACCAAGAAGGUGGCCCCAGCUCCAUUGGCUGUGAAGAAGCCAGUGGUCAAGAAAGUUGUUAACCAGCUCUUCGAGAAGCGUCCUAAGAACUUUGGCAUUGGCCAAAAUGUUCAGCCCAAGCGCGAUUUGUCGCGUUUUGUGCGUUGGCCCAAAUACAUUCGCGUCCAGCGCCAGAAGGCUGUGCUGCAGAAGCGUCUGAAGGUGCCACCACCAAUUAAUCAGUUCAGCCAAACUCUGGACAAGACAACAGCUGUGAAGCUAUUCAAGCUGCUGGAGAAAUAUCGUCCAGAAUCACCACUCGCCAAGAAGCAGCGCUUGAAGAAACUUGCUGAGGCCAAGGCCAAGGGCAAGGAAGUUGAGCCCAAGAAGAAGCCCAGCUUUGUCUCGGCCGGCACCAACACUGUCACCAAGCUCAUUGAGCAGAAGAAAGCUCAGCUGGUUGUCAUCGCUCAUGAUGUCGAUCCCCUAGAGUUGGUGCUGUUCCUGCCCGCCUUGUGCCGCAAAAUGGGAGUGCCCUAUUGCAUUGUGAAGGGCAAGGCGCGUUUGGGCCGUCUGGUGCGCCGCAAGACCUGCACCGCAUUGGCUCUGACCACCGUUGAGAAUAACGAUAAGGCCAACUUUGGCAAAGUGCUGGAGGCUGUUAAGACCAACUUCAAUGAGCGCCAUGAAGAGAUCCGUCGUCAUUGGGGCGGUGGUAUUCUGGGCUCCAAGAGUUUGGCACGCAUCGCCAAGCUGGAGCGUGCCAAGGCUCGUGAAUUGGCCCAGAAGCAGGGUUAAGUUAGAGAUGCGCAACAGAUGCAGCAACUAUUUUGUAUGCCUAAAUAGCAUAUGGACGUCGAUUCAAGUAGAGUUGAUCCCAUACGAAAAACAACAACAAAUAAACAUUUAAGUGUACAAUUUUUAA